AUGGCUUUCCGAGGUUCGUUCUCCCGGUCGGUAUACGCCGCCGCGAGAUCCUCGCUGCGGUCCCCCGCUCCUGCUCCCAGUCACCGGCCCCAAGUGCCUGGAGCGAGUCUGCUCGGGCGGCGCCGCCGCCUCAACGUUGUGGCUGCCAGGUCGGGAUCCUCGGAGCCAAACCUCGCGGGACCUUACGACCUGAAUUAGCUGCUCUUUAUAGAGUCGUGUUCAUGCCUUUUCCUUGUUUUCAGGCCUGCGGCGGCUCUGGGCGGCGCAUUUUCUCUGUUGCCGUUGCACAGCGCGGUGGCGGCCUCCCGCCUUGCGUCUCACUUGUCGUUCAACGCUAGAGCUUGUUGUGAGAUUUCUCAGGGUAUUUUCUUCUUCAUCAUCAUCUUCUUCUUCUUCAUCUUCUCCUUGUAA